AUGGAUUCUUUGAUUGUAUCUCCGAUGGUAGAGGUGCUCUUUGGAAGGUUGACUGACACUGUUGUUGGUGAAGUCCGAACUCGCACAGAGUUCAAGAGGGAGAUCGAGAAGAUGCGGGAGACGUUACCGGUGAUUCAAGCGGUGAUAGAAGAUGCAGAGGAGCAGCAGAGGAAAAAUAAAAAGCUGAGGAUUUGGCUGGCAAAGCUCAAAGCCGUAGCAGUUGAUGCUGAUGAUCUGCUUGAUGAGGUUGCCACCCUAGUUCUGCGCAAGCAUUUAAUGAAAGAGGAAUUUUACGGGUCAUAUAGUGGCAGCCUCAUGGAGCUCGCACUACAGAUCUAUCGCACUGAGAACAGCAUAAGUUUCGUCACACGUAACUACGAAAACCAAUUUUUUGAGCAGCUAUUUCAUUCACGGUCGAAUCUGAACACGAAGGUGAGAAAGAUCAGAGAGCGGACAAGGUAUGAGUUUAGGAAAACUUUCUUAACUCUUGAAUCGAUUUCUACUUACCGUAAGAAGUCACACAAACUAAGGGAGCUUCGUGAAAGAUUGGAUGAUGUAGCCAAGGAAAUGUCUAGUUUCCAGUUCAAAGAAACUCAGUCGAAUGGACGGUCAAGUACAAUGGAGAGACGCCAAACUGGACCCUCUGUCAAUGAGUCAAAGAUUUUUGGCAGAGAAGAGGAUGUGAAUAAGAUUGUGGGGAUGCUAUUGUCUUCCAGUAGUGGUCCUGAAGUUGCAGUAAUUCCCAUUGUCAGCAUUGGAGGGAUGGGGAAAACAACACUCGCUCAGUUAGUCUACAAUGAUCCGAGGGUUACAAGCCACUUUCAAUCUUUGAUGUGGCGUUCUAUCAAUGAUAAUUUUAAACCAGCAUGGAUCAUAAAUGAAAUGUUGAGGUAUGUCGGAAAGGGCAGCCAUGACUCGUCUCAGAUUGGUGUGCUGCAAUGUCAAUUGAGAGAAUCCUUACUGGGAAGAAGAUACUUGAUAGUGCUCGAUGAUGUGUGGAAUGAGGAUCCAGAUGAAUGGGAUAAAGUAAUGAAUCCAUUGAAAGGCUCCGCUGGUGGAAGUAAAAUUAUACUAACCACCCGGAAUAAGGCAGUUGCAGCCAUAACUAGCACAUCUCCCCCUUUUCAUUUGGAACCACUGAGAAAAGAAGAGUGCUGGAAGUUGUUCAAGCACCGAGCCUUUGCAGAUGGAACAGAGCAUGAUUUUCCGAGCUUACUGCACAUUGGUGAACAAAUAGUAAACAAGUGCAAAGGCGUCCCAUUGGUUGCAAAUAUUCUUGGAAGCAUGUUGCACCUUAAAAGAGAAGAAAGCGAGUGGUUACAUGUGCAAAGGAGUGAACUAGGGAGUAUUGAUGCAGGGGAGAGCAGAAUUCUGUCUAUCUUAAGGGUAAGUUACAAUCGUUUGCCUUCGCAUCUGAAAGCUUGCUUCGCAUAUUGUUCAGUAUUCCCAAAGAAUUAUGAGAUUAAUAAGCAAAAGUUGAUCCAUCAAUGGCUCGCACAUGGCUUAAUUCCUCAUAUUGGAAACUCUUCAGUUAGGCCAGAGGACAUUGGCAAUGAGUAUUUUAACAAUUUAUUGAAGAUGUCUUUCUUCCAAGAAAUAAGAAAAUAUGAUGACAGAGGUAUGGCAGAAUUUAAAAUGCAUGAUCAUAUUAAUGAUCUUGCAAAAUCUGUUGUUGGAGAGGAAUACUUGACUCUAGGACAGGAAAAUGUGCACUAUAGUGAGUAUAGUCUCUCAAAGACAUGUCAUGCGUCAGUUGUAUGCAGUUCUAGCUCUGCUUUGAUCCCUGAAGCCUUGUGUGAAGCAAAGAGAUUGCGAACCCUCAAUUUCCUGUCGCCAAGAGAGGAUUAUGUGGAAGCCAUUCCAACCAUACUAGCAACUUUUAAACAUCUCAGAAUGCUGAAUUUCAGUGGAUCUGGAAUUAAGAGUCUCCACAGAGAGAUUGGUGGGCUACUAUCCUUGCGGUAUCUUGAUCUAUCAAAUACUCUCCUAGAGACGAUGCCAGCAACUAUCUGUGAUCUGUGCAAUUUGCAGACCCUGAAUCUCUCAAGUUGUAUUGAGCUCAAGGAGUUACCAAGUGGUACUUCAAAGUUAAUAAAUCUGAGACAUCUUAACAUAGAUGAUUGUCCAAGACUUGCGAGCAUGCCCCCAUCAAUGGAAACUUUACAACAACUUCAAACUUUGCCAGUAUAUAUCGUCGGCCCCGGCUUUGAAACUUCUAUUUUUCAGCUCUCAGCAAUGAAAAAUCUACGGGGGAAGUUAAAAAUCAAAUGUCUGGAGGAGGCUAUAAUUCCACUUGGGAACGACAUGAUUAAAGAUUGGAUGAAAACGAAAGAGUUUCAUUCAUUGGAACUGUUGUGGCAAAAUGAUGGGGGCAAGCUCGAUCAUAAUAGAUAUAGGCCAGCUGGCAGGCAAGUUGAAGAUAGAACUCAUUUUAGUCUGGUAGAUUCUUUGACUGUAUCACCCUUUAUAAGAAAGUUGUCAAUAAAUGGUUAUUCUGGAACCAAGUUCCCAGAUGAGAUGAGUUGGCCUCAAAACUUGACUGAGCUAAACAUAAUUAAUUGCAGAAGAUGUGAAAGUCUUCCUCCACUCUGUCAACUUCCUGUCCUCAAGAUUCUCAACAUCCAAGGAAUGGAUUCUGUUGUGCACAUUGGUGUCGAAUUCUCAGGUGAAGGAGACAGACCAUUUAGGUCUCCUAAAGAGCUAUCCCUCAUAGACUCUCCAGAAUUAAGAACUUGGAGUAGUAUCAAUUCCACAGAAGUGUUUACUUGUCACGCCCCGAAUUUUGAAUAA